AUGCCUAAAGUUAAAACAAGAUAUUAUUCAGUUCGAAAUGGAGAAAAAUCUGGAAUUUACAAAAGUUGGGAUGAAUAUUAUCAACACAUCAAAGAUUAUCCUAAAGCAAGAUAUAAGAAAUUUAAUACAUUAAAAGAAGCCCAGGAAUUCAAAGAAGGAAUUAACAAGGAAACAAAAAAAAAGAAACAGACAACUUUAAAAUUUUCAAAUGAUGAAUUAUUAAUUGAUAAUGAUCGUAUUGUGGUUUAUACUGAUGGAACAUGUGAAGAUAAUGGAGAUGAUAAUGCUAAAGGAGGGAUUGGUGUAUUUUUUGGAGAUAAUGAUCCUAGAAAUUUAUCUGAAGAAUUACCUAGUGAAUUACAGACAAAUAAUCGCGCAGAGAUUUAUGCUGUAAUUCGUGCAAUAAAAAAUUGUAAAGAUGAUAGUAAAAUAUUAGAAAUAAAAACUGACAGUACAUAUGUGAUUAACGCAUGUGAAAGAUGGAUCAAAAAAUGGGUUGAUAAUGAUUGGUAUAGAGAUGAUAAAAAAACAAAACUAGUCAAGAAUAAAGAUAUUUUAUUUAAACUUUAUAAUUUGAUAGAAACACGUAAAAAAAUCAUAUUCACACAUGUUAAAUCACAUUCUGGUAUUCACGGAAAUAAAGAAGCAGAUACAUUAGCAAAAUCUUCAAUAAAGAAAUAA